CGCACGUCCGGAGGCGCGGACGACACCACCCGCACACGCUUUGGGGGACAUGGCUCCCCUCGACCCCCGCCACGCGCUCGGCCUCCGUUCUUUGCUCCGCUCGGUGUUUCCACACGCGCGAGGCGCACGGCCAAGGGCCAAGGCCGCCGGCGUCUCCGGGCCGGGCCCGCCUCCCGGCCCCGCUGCGCAGCUCGAGACGCUCCGGCCCCUGUCCAGCGCUCACUCGCCGAGCCGAGGCUGCCGCGGAGCCAAGACCCCUGCCAUUUCCCCUAGCAAGCGGCCCCGGCCUGCGAAGGAGGGCGGCAUGCAGCUCCGCUUCGCCCGGCUCUCCGAGCACGCCUCGGCCCCGACCCGGGGGUCCGCGCGGGCCGCGGGCUAUGACCUGUACAGUGCCUAUGAUUAUACAAUACCACCUAUGGAGAAAGCUCUUGUGAAAACGGACAUUCAGAUAGCUCUUCCUUCUGGGUGUUAUGGAAGAGUAGCUCCACGUUCUGGCUUGGCUGCAAAACACUUUAUAGAUGUAGGAGCUGGUGUCAUAGAUGAAGAUUAUAGAGGAAAUGUUGGUGUUGUACUGUUUAAUUUUGGCAAAGAAGAGUUUGAAGUCAAAAAAGGUGACCGAAUUGCGCAGCUCAUUUGUGAACGAAUUUUUUAUCCAGAAAUAGAAGAAGUUCAAGUUUUAGAUGACACUGAAAGGGGCGCAGGAGGUUUUGGUUCCACUGGAAAGAAUUAAAAUUUAUGCCAAGAAGAGAAAAUGAGAAAUUGUACCUUUUUCUUAAAAAUAAA